UAGGAAAAAAAAAUCAUUCGGUUAAUUUACAGUGUUCACCUCCUCCACAAGGAACUCGAUAGUUGUCAAGAUUCACGCGAGUAACAGUUAACAAUUAAAUUAGAGUAAUAUGCGAGAUAAAAUUAGAAGAGAUAAAAAACAAUGAAAGAGUCCUAUUUAAGACUAUUAUUCAGAGGUUGUCGCUCACUCAACGACCUUAUUCAUUAGCUAGCUUAUGGAGCUACCUUGAGUUUUUGUAGUGCUUCAGAUGUUUUGCUGGCUAGCUGACUAAAAGUGAGUGUGUUUAGAGUUUUUUGGUUGUUACAGGAAAAAAUGUGCGACCUUAGUAUGGACAAUAGCACCAUUUAUGUCCGAGAAAGAGGCAACCUUCGUCGUGUCGGUGACAUAGUACUGGCACAGCCAAAGCCAGUGUCGUCGUGCAGAAGGACAAACCCGUUUGUACUGAGAAAGGAGCACUUCAUAUUCACCUACAAUGCAGAGGGAAGUCUGAGAUACACCACGAAAUCUCUGUUUGACAUCACUCUCUUAUUCGUAGCUGACAACAUCCACCAUGUGGACUCUCUGGUUGGUUUCCCUGAGCAAAUAGGAGACAGACUUUUUGCAGCAGCAGAAGAGAAUCGCAUAUUUGUAAACCCAGACAUUUCUCCUAAAGCCCUGCAAUUAUUCAGUGAUGCAUAUGGAGAAAUGGUGCUUGGAUCCCUCUGUCUAAGAAAUAGGUUUCCACUUUUGCAUGAGAGGAUGGAUGAAAUUAAAACAUUUCAUAGUUUGAAGUGUCUGGACCUGUUUGGAUGCAGACUUGGGGAUGAUCAUGAGAUGUUCCAGCAUCUAACAUCCAGCUCAUUGGCAAGCAGCUUGAUUCAGCUUUUCAUUGGUGGUAACAGUCUGUCAGAUGUCGGCCUGCAAAGAUUGACUGCACCGGUUCGGAUGAUGAAGAAGGGUCUAGACUGUCUCCAGUUCCUGGAUGUUUCCUACAACCCUGUCUCAGAGCGGGCUCUCAGAUACCUCACCUGCCUCCCCAAGCUUGAAAAGCUUGAUGUAUCUGGGACCAGUAUGAAGCUUGGCAGAGGAUUGAAAUCAACCACAUGGGACCUGUUAGGGCUCAUUUAUUCUGAGAGACCACUGGACACAUUUGAUCACUCAAGAUGUAAAACAGAAGGUUGGGCCGAGCAGGUUGUAAACCAGUGGGAAACAAAUAGCACACAAAUGCCAAAGCAGAAGAAAAUUGAAGAAUCCAGAAUAUCAGCGCUUCGCUUUUUUGGCAGGCAGAAGUUUGUCAGAGAAGUACUGAAUGCUGCACCCUUGGUAUGUGAGAGAGAAGAAGAGUCCAAGGGGGAAAGACUGCAUUUCUACAGACCUGCAGCAAACAAUCACACACCAGAAAAACAGAUUCUUUCCGCAACCAAUCAUCAAGCGAAGACUCCCUGGCAAAAUAUCAAAAAACGGCAGCGCCAGUCAGAAAAGUGUGACAGUUCACAUCAGAGCCCUCCAACUAAACGUUCGUCCUCAUCAGCUCUUACUGCAGAGGACAUUGACUUGUUGAACAGCUAUUGAGGCAUGUCUUCAUGUAGCAUUCCUUGAAGAGCAGCAUGAGCGUGUCUGUUAGCAGGCAACAUUUUGCCUCAAAGGAACCAGAAUGAUUUCCAAGAUGAUUAACACUGGUGAACUGUACUUGAGAAUAUUGUCUUUGCUACAGUGUUUUGUUUUUUUUAAUAUCUUUUUAUGAAUAAAGUUCAGUAUUUUGUACUAUA